CGUCACAAUAACACGCAGGUUUUCGGUGGGAAAAUGUUUUCUCCAAUAUGUGAAAUUUAUAAUAUUACUGCAUAACCUCCUGUUAAGAGUAAGCAAGUGUAUGCUAAGCGAAUGGUGAUUUAAUUGUAGAUUUGAAUGCCGUGAAUUUUCCGGUUUAAUCGUGAUACAAAGUUUACUCCCUAUUGUUUGCUAGCAGGAGACAAUUGUGACGUAUUCUUGCGCAUAAAGUCACAUUUUUUGUCACGCGGAUGUAUGGUUAGCGCUUAACCUUACAAAACAUUUGUUAAAGCAUAGGGGCUAGUUAAAAAGUGUCAACGAUGCCCGAAAUCAAACUGCAGCACGUUGUGUCGUGUAGCACCGAGGACAAUACUCACAAGGCGGACAACUUGCUGAGCUCGGACACGUACAGAAAAUGGAAAGCUGCCCGAGCCGGAGAGAAGCAGACGUCAGUCAUUCUGCAGUUUGAGAAGGAGGAGCAGGUGCACAGCAUCGACAUUGGAAAUGAAGGGUCGGCGUUCGUCGAGGUUCUGGUGGGGAACUCCUCCUCCACCAGAGACCAGGACUAUGAGGUGCUACUGGUCACUUCGUCCUUCAUGACACCAACAGAGAGCCGUAACGGCACUAACAUGAGCAGGGUACGCUUCUUUGGACCUGGACAGCUCCAGAAGAGUACGGCGCAGGAGAAGUGGGACCGAGUGAAAAUUGUAUGCAGCCAGCCUUACAGUAAAAACAUAGCGUACGGCCUGGCCUUUGUCAAGUUUCAUUCGCCUUCCGACAAAAAUGACCCUCCAGUGACCUCCCCGAAGUUGACCAAACUGGGUCAGUUCCGGGUGAAAGAUGACGCUCCCGCCUCAGGCUCUAGCAUCCAACCCGGCAGUCUCUUCUUCAGCGCCAAGUCCAAUACUUCCCCCAAAGCGUCACCACAGAGUAACAAGUUGAGCUACGCUGCCGCCGCCCUGCAAGCCGCCGGGCCUGCCGCCCCACCUGCCGCUCCUCCAUCGUCGUCCACCCCACCACAGGCACCUGCAAAGAGAAAGUUUGAGUUUAGCAAGGAGCGUGAGUCAGUCCCUGGUCCCCCCCAGCCCAAGAAAAGCAGCACGGGAAGCUCGCCGGAAUUCAAACCCGCAACUCCCAAAGUCAAGACUGGCACGCCGAGCCCCAGCGGCUCCAAAGCCUCCGCGAAGGUGUUUGCCGAAAAGAGGCAUGAGGGUUUGCCCAAAACCAAAGAGCAGCCAUCCAAAGGCGUCAAGAGUCCGGAGAAAGUGGCCUUCAAGCGCAUCAUGGAGGGAGUGGUGUUUGUCCUCAGCGGUUUCCAAAAUCCCUUCAGGGGGGAGCUGAGGGAGAAGGCUCUGGAGAUGGGAGCCAAGUACCGGCCGGACUGGACGCCCGACUCAACGCACCUCAUAUGUGCUUUUGCAAACACCCCCAAGUACAGCCAGGUGAAGUCGGCAGGGGGCAUGAUCGUGCGCAAGGAAUGGGUGAUUGACUGCCAUAAAAGAAAGCAGAAACUCUCCUCCAAGAGUUAUUUGAUGGAUUGCGCAGAGUCGAGCUCAGAGAGCGAAAUGGAGGCAGACGACCAGAGUGAGGAGGAAGUCAGUUUAAAGGUGCGAUUGGAAGAAAAGCAGCCCAGACAAGUCUCUCCCAAAAAGGAGGCCGAGAUGAGGAACGUAGACGACGAGUACGCCGGCUCCACUGAUGUGGACGAUGAGCCAGGUGGUGCCGAGGAUUCUGCUGCUGACACAGAGGAUGAGCUUCAAAGGGUGGAGAGCGAGAACAGUCAAAAGAAGACUAAAGCGGUAAAGCAGCAGCAGCAGCAGGAGGAGGAUCCCUAUGGCGGCUCCACAGACGAGAACACUGACGCGGAGCAAGAGCAGGAUCAUCCCAUCCCGGCUCUGCCGGACUACCUGAACGGGAAGCACUUUUUCCUGUACGGAAAAUUCCCUAACAACGAGAGGAGACUACUGACGCGCUACAUAGCCGCCUUUAACGGCGUACUGGAAGACUACAUGUCUGACACGGUGCACUUUGUGGUGACCGGCGAAGGAUGGCACGACUCCUUUGAGGACGCGCUGAUGGACAACGGCAACCUGAACUUCGUCAAGCCCGGUUGGAUCUAUGCCAUCAACCAGCGUCAGAAGCUACUGCCUUACCAGCCGUACACCGUGGUGCCGUGAAAAGUCUUUUUUGUUUUGCUUGUUUUUUUUACAUUUGUUUUCAUGAACUAUGGUUACCUUUUAAAUGUUUCAAGUUGUUUGGCUACGUUUCACCUGUAAAAAUCACAUCUGCAUCAACUUAUUAUUUUGUUUGUUUGUUUUUGGGGAGGACUUUACUUGGCCUGCCUCUGGCAACCUUGUCUGGAAAAUUCAUCACGGCUGCGACUGUCGCCGGCGGCGCUGAUAAGAAGUUAUUAUGAGGCCACCAAAAAGUCAAGUGAAAGGUUGUGGUUAUUUCGCCUUUUUUUUUUUUCC